GUUUUCGUAUUAAACGUUCGUGGUUCUAGAAUCCAUGUUUAAAGUUAUAAAAGAAAAACAAGAAAAAAUGAUGGAUGGAACAUAUAAGAUCACAGAACGAAACGGGCACCAGGAUUCCAAACCAGGAAAUGAAAAACGCCAGACAGGAGAAGCCGAAGACCAGGAUAGACAAGAGGAAGUACCAGCUGGAGGAGACACAGGCCUAGCCGUGGACACGAGGUGUGGGGUGUGGACAUUCAAGCCGGACAUCUUGCAGCCGUGUGCCAACAUCUGGAGUUUCACCCUGACAUACAGCUUGGCCGCACUGUUGACCUCGACCUUGACCUCAUACAUCAACUCACAGGUGACGACACUAGAGAGACAAUUUGGCCUGAACUCCAAACAGACAGGUUUGAUCCUGGCAGCCAAUGAUGUGGGGUUUCUCAUCUGUGUGCUGUUCGUUAGCUACUCGGCUCCGAAAUUACACCUACCGAGGUCACUAGGUGUAGCGACGAUCACAUUUGGCGUAUCAGGCCUGGUCUGCUCCCUACCUCACUUCAUCUUUGGCACGCGCACGGACACUGGUCAGCUACAGACCAACGUGACCUCUUCCAGAACUCUCUACGGUGCCAUGUGUGACGGUCAGAACCAGACCUUCAACAAAUGUGGGUCAGCAGAGGACAAGAAAAGUCACCUGACGUCAGAGAACACGGCCAUUAUCUCUCUCGUCAUCAUCUUCCUGGGUAUGAUGAUACAGGGCUUCGGGAAAGCCCCGAGAACAGCCUUCACAGUGACGUAUAUUGAUGACAACACCAAGAAAACCAACACUGGAAUGUUAAUAGGGGUUAUCACUAGUUUUGGGAUGUUUGGACCGGCGUUGGCGUUUCUGCUAGGAGGCUUUUUCACCCGGAUGUACGUCACACUACAAGAUACCAAGCUGACCCCAUCACAUCCCAACUGGAUCGGUGCCUGGUGGCUGGGUUAUGUAGUGUUUGGUUGUCUGGCCCUGGCUGUGUCGGUUCCACUCUUCUGUUUCCCGAGGAAACUUCAACAAAAGGCUUCUAAAAAACAGAUCAGCCAGAACCUCGACAACAACAGACCCGAUGACCACACAGAGACAGAAUCUCCCACAUACGGAAAUGCCAAUCCUCCUGACGACGCCAGCUCGAGAGUUAAUCUCCGCAUCAACUACAUCCUUACUUUCAUUAAAGAUUUUUUGGCAGCGGUCGUUCGACUUUUGACUAAUCCCGUUUAUAUCUCCAUGGUGAUCUCAAUUUGCUGCGUAUUGUUUGGUGUCAGCGGUGGUGAUUCCUACAUACCCAAAUAUCUUGAAGCAAUGUUUAACCUACCCACAUACAAGGCUAACUACGUCAUGGCUGUUAAAGCCCUGUUUGCAUCAAUAUGUGGAAUAUUUAUUGGAGGGUACCUGACCAAGCGUAUCAAAAUGACGAUCAUAACGGCCUUACAGUUUUCCAUCAUCGUCAAUUCAUUGUCCUUGUUGGCGUGCGUCUUGGCGUUUUUCUUUCAAUGUCCGCAACCUGAGGUCCAUAACUGGCCGAGCACCAACACGACGUGCAACACAGGUUGCCAGUGUACUGACAACAGCUACUUCGCCAUCUGUGGUCAAGACGGCAAGACCUACUACUCACCAUGUACAGCCGGCUGCUCAAACAGCAUUAGCGGGGUGUAUCAGAACUGCACUUGUAUUCCAGGUGGUCAGGCGACCAGUGGCUCCUGCGACUAUGGCUGCGACCAUAUUUACGCCUACGCCUUUUUCUUCACGUUAAGGUCUCUUGUUUCGACAUUAUCUGUUGUGCCGAAGCUUCUUGUAAUGAUAAGGAGCGUUGACCCUCGUGACAAGGCCAUGGCUUUGGGAUUUGAAGCUUUCAUGACGUCUUUAUUUGGCUGGCUUCUUGGUCCCGUCAUCUUCGGCUACUUCAUCGAUGGCAUCUGCGUCAUCUGGGACGUCAAAUGUUCCACCAGGGGGCGCUGUCUGCUGUACGACAACGAGGUCUUUAACAACAAGAUGCACGGCUACAUCACCGUCGCUAUCACCCUGUCCGUCCUCUUCCAGUGUAUCUCCUACGUCUUCGCCAGGAGGAACCCGCGUUUCCAUGACAACUUCGGUCAGGAUAACAUCACUUCCGGUGACCUAAGUGUCAAGGUCAGCAAUGACCAAACAACGGACGACGGGGGAAUCCAUUACACACAGACAACUCUAACACCCACACAAACAGAAAAACAUGAUGGAAACUGCUUAAAACAGCACGAUUCUACUCAUCACAUUUAAUAAAAUUGGAUCCCUAUGCUAAAAAAAAAACCCACAAGGAUAAAAUAUAAUAGUUGAACAAA